UAAAUAAUAUUUCAUUUAUAUAAAAUUCAAUUUUUAUUUAUAAAUCUUUAAAUAUAUGAAAUAUAAAUGCUGUUCAAUUUAUGAUUAAUUCAACUUAUGACCAAAGUUUUGUAACCUAACCUUCUAUAAAGCCUAUGAAUUUCUGAUUUAUAAGAAUCAAAGUACCGAUUUAAACAAUUUUGAAAAAUUUGUUUAUCCUAAAAGAUAAAUCUAUUAUAGAAGCGCUUAAUACUUAUAAAAAUGAGAAGAUUAUAAUGCACUCGUGUGUUACACUGUAAAACUAAACUGCGUUCCAACUUUACACAAUAUAACACAGUGUAACACAGCGUGUUCUAGCUGGAAAACAGCCUUAAUCACCUGUGCGCACAUAUGACACAUAUUACGAGUGCGCGGGUACUUUUAGCCAUUGCCGAGUGCACGUACACGAGUGAACGCGCGGGCGAGAAAGCUAGCUGUUACGUUGCAUCCAUUUUUAGAUCCGCUAAAUUUUAGAUUGUUAAAAUUAGGAUCUUGAUUUUUCGCGCAUCUCGGCACUUAGCUCGUACCCAAAUGCGUCAAAGUUUACAUUGGGAAGAUAUAUUUUUCUCUUUAUUCGUAGCAUUCGUAGCAUUAAUUCGAAUGAUUGUGCACGCGCAAUGUGAAAUAUCAAAUUCUUGUUCAACUAGAUAUUUUUAGAGCAGUGCCUCUCACGGCGCGGGCGCCCUCAAGCGAUUUGGCCUUUCACUUGAUCUUGAUUCAGUUUCCAUCGUCACGCACGCUCCGCUAAUAGCUAAAACAGCAUGAGUGCGUUAUUCCGAUUUCGUUGUUUCGUUUUGAUCGGCAUUGAUCUUGAAAGUUUUUAACUCAUGUUUUUGGAUUUUCUCGCCACUUUCACGUAUGUAUAUCCAUGAUUUUCUUUAACAAUUUGUCGCUUCUUCGUGGCGCAUAUUCUUAUAAACUGUGUAUCGGUGUUUGCCUCUUAAUAAUAGUGUAAUUUUUAAUUUUACGAAAGAAAUAUUUUAUUUUUAUACGCGACAUUAACUGGAGUCUAACUUUCACUCUUGGUUUUUAUCCGCCCAUCGUCGGUCGUUUCGAUUAUUCGGCCCUGCCCUCGCAUUUCUCUCUCUCUCUCUCUCCCUUCCCCGCUUAUCUCUUCCGUCCAGAGUUACCGCAAUUUCCCUCUCUCCAGGUCUCCGUCUCCUUCUUUGUGUCUCUUUUCUUCGUUAACCCGCACGCGGUCUUUCUUUCUGUAGUAAUUAUGUGUCGUGGCAGUAUGAAGUCUGUACAAUCAGUUUUUUUACUUGACAUGAUGGUAUUGGAUCCCAAGGCCACUAGCUUGCACAACGAUUACGGAAGCUUCGAUCGACCGUUGGGCGCUGGGGAGGGCCACGAGAGAGAUAUUGAAGCGGCGGUUGAUGGAAGCAGCAGCGGUAUGGCGCAGUCCAGCGAUGUUUAUCAACGACAGCCGCUAUUGCCGGGUGCGCCGUUGUCCAAGAGCAAGGACAAGUGGUCUGGAGUGGCCUCGGGCUCGGACUAUUACGAGGAUGACGAGGAUGAAAAGGAUAUCGAAGGCCUGGGCAGACAUUCUGGGAUACCGAACGGCUCCGGCGGCGGCAUCAUCAAGAUUGACAUGCCGGCGCCGCUUCGCGAAGAGCCGCGUUUUCCCAAGGAAAAGUGGAAAACGUUUCUCGCAUUUCUCUUUAUGGUCGUAAACUUUAUCCUGACGACGGCUUCCCUCGCGAUGGUACACGAGCGCGUUCCAGACAGGAAUACAUACGGACCGCUUCCCGACGUGGUGCUGGACAAUGUCACCGCUCAAGAUUGGGCGCUUAACGUCUCGGAAGUCCUGAUUAUGAUCAUGUCUAAUUCCGCGAUGGUUUUUAUUAUUUUUCAUAAACAUAGAUUCAUAAUAGCUAGACGAAUAUUUCUGCUGAUGGGCUUGCUCUACAUGAUGCGGAGCAUAACGAUGUAUGUGACGGUUGUACCGAUCGCUAGUAAAACUUACUAUUGCAGCCCGAAGGCGAAUAACACCAGUCCGCUUCUCGUAACGAAAAGGGUCCUCCAACUCAUCUCCGGUUUCGGCUUGUCCAUUAACGGCAAACACACUUAUUGCGGAGAUUACAUUUACAGUGGGCACACGGUCGUGCUUGUACUCAGUUACCUGAUCAUUAAGGAAUAUUCUCCGCGGAGAUGUCAACCGAUCCAUUGGUUGGCUGGUCUGGCGGUACUCGUCGGGGUAACUAUGAUCUUGGUAGCUCAUGGCCAUUAUACUGUGGAUGUACUUAUAGCUUACUAUGUUACUACGCGCCUGUGGUAUAUUUAUCAUACGCUAGCCAACAACCCAAAUCUAAAGCAAUAUGGACCAAACAAUUUUUUGGCCCGGCUCUGGUGGUUCUCCAUGUUCAAGUAUUUUGAGAAGAAUGUAGGCGGCACAGUGCCACGACAAUAUGACUGGCCUCUACCCUGGCCUCGACGGUUUCUUGCCAAGCACCCUAACCGAGAUAGUUAAUACUUGUCUUGAUUUCAUGAUAGAGGCUGUUAAAACGAAGGAGUUACUUUUGUUGUAAAUAUUUUACAUAUACACAAAUACACGCGCACAUACACACACACACACACACAUACAUACAUACACAUAUAUACACACAAAGCGUUUGUAUAUAAAUCGAGGCUUAUUAACGUGGAGAUAAAAGUUCGCUAACGAAUAUACAUGGGACGUACGAUUGUUUUAAGAGCGAUCGCACAUUCAUUGUUGAAACGUAUUUUGUGUUGUUCACUUCUUUGUAAUCUAAUCGUGAACUUUUAGACAAUGCCCGUGAUCUUUCAUGUAAAGUUAUCGUCCAGUCAGCCCGAAUUUAUUUUUUGCUUGAUUUUUAUACAAUUUAUAUACUGUAUAAAGAAUAGAUAUAGAAAAAUGGAUUUUAUGAUAAUAUUGUAAAGAUUCGAAUAGAGGAAGGCGAGUAAAGAUUCGAGUUAAUACAUAAUGACACAUUACUUCGCUUAAGGCGUUUAUAUUUUCCAAUAGCUACAAAUCGAAAGUAAUACGAUAAAUAAGUAGACAUAGGAAUGUGUGUUUUAUAAAGACUCGAGCGAUAAUGUGCAAUAACAAAUAUUUGUAAUCUUUAAAGGGCCAUUGUAGAUAAAUAUUAGAAAGAAAUCUGAAUCCUUCCUCUAAAUGAAUCUUUGAAUCACACUCUUAACUUGGAUCGACGUCUUGACUUCCAAUAUCUAGACGUCGUCAUCUCUGACUUUGCAUUCGCGAUACGAAUUAUUCCGAUGAAAAACGAUGUCAGACGAAUUUGCCAAAAAUGUAUUGUAAACUUGCGUGAUGUACAUGUCCUAAUUAAAGUUCCAUCUUGUCGAUUAUCUUUGAAAUUGUUUUCUUCGUGCUUUGUCGCAGGAAAUAUACCCAAUGUUCAAUACUGGAAGCGAUUGUGUAAUUUCGGGGGACCAAAACGCUCAAUAGUAAAUGUUAAUUCAUAUAAUGAUAAAUUAAGCAUCGAGGAGACAUGAUUUCGACUGUGUACAUAUCCAAUGCUAAUGUGUGUGAUGUAUAUGAUAUCACACUCACAUACACACAUCCCCCUCCCUACACACGUACGCAUGCACACAUUAGCAUUGAUAAAAUGUUUCAAUAUUAUCAUUUAUCACAAAGAUUUCGUAACUUUAGUUAGAUUACAUAAUAGUCAGUGAAUGGCCAGUUGCAGAUAAAAUUCGAGUCUCUUAUCUGCCACAAUACAUUGUUAUCGAUUUGCAAUUUGAACGUCUGCCGUGGAUUUGGAUAAGUUUAUUCGUAAAAACUUCGUAACAGAUAUGGGACAUUGAAUUUCUAGAAAAUACAUGUUCUAGCUUCCAUUAGUCAAUAUAUAAAAGUAUCAUAUAUAGAGUAAUAAAAAACAAAAAAGAAAGUAUUGAAAUAUUCGUAUUUUCACGGAAUAAAGUCGUACGCUUGUGCAUACACCGGAUGUUGUCAUAAAUACAGACGCGCGCGCGCGCGCGUAUACACGCACAUACAUAUACACAUACACAUUAUUACAAAGACAAUGUAACACAAAAUAUAAAAAAAAACAAUUUUGCAUUUGUGGAGAGAUCGAGUUACAAAAAUAACGAAUAAUCAUCGAUCUUUCGUACGAUUCUCUCUUCCUUCGUUCUUCUCGCAUUUCAUUGGCCGGUAUUUAUAUAGUCAAUCAUUAUAUUUAAUUCUUAUGUACCACCCUAAGAUGGCAUCAACCAAUCAGAGAGCUGUGUUAUCUCAAAACUUUACUUUAAGAUCAUCUUGAAAUAAGAAUCGACUAUGAAUACCGGUCAUUGCUUCAAUGACUCCUUGUACUUGUUGCCCUGCUCUUUUUUUCUCAUCUGACAAUGAGCGAAAGAAAGAAUUAAAAAUAUCACGAUUCUUAAAAUAUUUGUAUAAUUCGAUUACGAAUCUCAUUUAAUAAUGUACAAGUAAGCGUAACAAGUUGAUUAUUCGUUUUCCUAACAUUCGAUGAAAGUUACGUGUGUGCUGUAUGUAAAUUGUAAAAAUGCCGAGUAACAUUCGAUCAUAGCUUAAACUGCGAUGAGAGAGACUUGUUGUUUUUUAAUUAAUUGUUGAAUCUCUAAUAAGUAUGAAACGCACUUGCAACUCUCUAUCAUUUUAAUUUCAUUUUUGUUGUUUCUUUUGUACAGAUUAAAUAAAUAAUAAAACAUUUCUUACAACACUACGAAAGAGUUUACGUGAAAAUCUAUAUUUUAUUAUGUAAUUUGAUCAAGCAAUUUGAGGUAUGUUAAAUUAAUCAAGUCGGAUUUAUUACAUUUUUUUUAUUAUUUGUCAAUUACAAACGCGUUUAAUGAUUGAACAGAAUUCAUGCAAGUUAUAAUGAAGAAGAAUGAUAAGGGAGAGAAAUGCGAUGUUGUUAGUAAUACAAUUAACUCUUUUUCGUCUGUGAUGAUCAAUAAAAGAAAGAAUAAAUUGUCGUCGCGUGAUCUUACGGUCUUAAUAAAGUAGCAAUUGACUGGCGGAUCAACCGAUGUGACCCUUACGGCCACCUCUGAUAUUUCUUCUUGACAUUCAAAUUAUAAAUGCGUGUAACCAUUAAAUAUAUAUUUUAAUAAGAUUAAUGUAUAAUAGUUCGUAGUGAAACUCUUUGAGCUAGAAUUCGACGUGGAACAAAUAACGCCGUAUUUAGAGGUAUAUUUUUGAAAUAUAUGUUAUAUAUAAUAAUGUAUAUAGACGCGCAUUUUCUCAGCUGACAGGUAAUAGAACGAUAACGUAUCGCUAAUCAUUAUACGAAUACGAGAACUAAGUGGAUACAAAUACAUUCAGAUAUUAUAGAUGUAUAUUUGCAAAGAUUAAUAUGUAUUGUGCGCAUUUAUUUGCGUGUGUAUACGUAUAUAUGUGCAUAACACAUAUUUGCAUUACUCUUUGGGGCAGAUACGUUAUUCCUGACGAAAAGAAUUUCAAUGUAUAGAGCUUAUUGUUAGAUUGACAUGAUAUUGAGAAUGAUAUUUUGGAUUUCCCGGAUGUAGAUUUGGAUAAAAAAAAUAUAAGCCAAAAGAUACUCUCGAGUAUGCAUAUGUAUACGCAGAUGUAACAUGUGCAUAUACUUUUAUGUGUCAUGUAUGAAUAUGUAUUAUAAAAAUGAUAUAUUUACACGCACACGGUAAGGGACAGCUUCGUCUGUUAAUAAAUGAAGAGCCUCUCGUUGAUGUUUAAUUACAUAAGAAGUAACAAAUAUACAUAUAUACAUACUAGAAAGUUUGUGUGUAUAUAUGUGUCGCGCGCGCAUGUUUUGUGUGUGUGGGUGCGUGGGUGCGUACGCGCGUGUGUGUGUUCGUGCGUGUGUGAAUGUAAUAAGUACAAAAAAUUUAAUAGGAUGUUCUUUGGCUUAUUUUAUGAAGAAAAAGUCUUAAACCAUAUUUCCUAAAGUUCUUUGUUUUCAAAAUAUGUACUUACCUAUAGGAUGUUAAAAUGGAGAAAAAAAUAUGAAAGUUUUAAAAAUCUAGAAAUUACUUAGAGAUAUUUUAUUCAAAAUUGGUGUAUGUACAUGUAAUAUUAAGAACCAUUUUUCAGUAUCGCUGAAACAUUUAUAGAUUCAUCAGAGGCAUGCAUACAGAUAAUCAUAUUAAUUUUUUUUUUUUUUUUUUUAAUGGAAGAACGGUGCAUGCAAUGUUUUUUCCAAGCUCAACAAAUUUGCAAACUCCCGAAUUAAAAUUGUACAAAAACCGCCUCUUGUGUUCUUUUCAUGUGUAGCCAACAAUUUUCGAAUUAGAGUAAAAACUUGAAAUUAAAAACUGUAAAUACUAUCAGUUUUAAUCUUUAGAUUCUGUAUUUUGAAAAUAGCAUCUUAAGACGUAUGUUAGACUUAGGAUUUUUUCGUAAAAUAAGUCAAGGAAUAUUCCCUUAAUUUUUUUUACUUGGGAAUUAGCCUGUAUAUACACAACCGUGACACAUAUACGCAUGCAUGCACGGAUAUAAUUGCGUGUGUUAUAUGUAUAUACAUAUACAUCUAUUAUAUAUUUUUACGUGUAGAUAUUUUUUGGUAACUUGUUACACUAAUCUGAUUAGAUCAAAUAAGUAUAUACAUACAUACGUACAUAUAUGUGUGCGUGCGUGCGUGCGUGUGUAGACAGAUAGGGGGGGGAAGGGUUAUAUAUAUAUAUAACAUUGUAAAUAAAAAAUAAAAAUAUUAGCGAAAAAUAAAAAUAAAAAAUAUUAGCGAAAGAGCUUCUGUCAUUGCGUGAAAGCUAAUCAAAAUUUUGUUACCGUUAAAUAACGUACAACAGCGUUCUUCGCAAUUGUUCGUAGGAACAGUUACUAUUUUGUGUAUGUUAAAUUCCUCGAAGAUUGAAGCGAUGACUCAACUUGAUUUUUGUUAUCUAUAAUUAUAUGUGUUGUGUACAUAAGUCUUUUAUCCGAAUUCAUAAUUUUCUCUCGAAUCUGAACAUCAAUCUGUCUUUAUCUCGCAUAUGAUAAAAUGCAGUAUGCGAGACAAAGACACACUGAUCUCGAGAUCUAAGGAACGACUAUGAGUUUGGAUCUUUAUGCUUACUCAUCUAAGAAAACAUCGAUAUUAUUACAAUGAAAAGCAAGUUGUAUUUGGCUUUACUUUAUAUACUUCUAUAUUUAUAAUAUUUAUUACAUUUUUCAUAUGUUGAUGUAAUAAAGUUUUAGGUAUACUUUA